AAAAAAAAAAAAAAAAAAAAAAUAAAAUAAAUGUAUUAUAAAAUGAUUAAUAUACAUUUUUUAUAUAUCUGUUUUAUAGUAUUAGGAUUAUUUACCUUUGCUAAUGCGCAAUCGGAUACUAUUCGUUAUAAUGUUAUUAGUUUGAUUAACGAAACUCAUUCUAUGGGCGUUGUUAUUGAUAAUAUAACUUAUCCUUUAAUGCCUCAUCAUUCAGGUAUCCCUAUCCUUCAUUCUGGUGAAGCUCCUAUAGCUAAAUCGGGUUAUAGCUAUGUUAAGAUUACAAAAGAAGAAAAUAAUAAUACAGAGGUUGAACCAUUUAUGCGUAGUCCUUCAACAAAGGAUACGGUCAAUGAAUUCUUUAAACGUUCAUGGAAUAAGCGUCCAUUGACUCAGCUUCCUACUCUUUAUAAACCAUUGGAUGAUAUUCAUCGUAUCUAUUCUCAGUUACAUAUCGAUGAUGAAAUUCCUACAAUUCACUUGAUAGCUAGUCAAAAUGAUAUUGACAAGCUACAUACUAGCAAUUCAACCGAGGAUAUUGAGGUCACAGCUAACAUGACUUAUGUUACACUGAAUGACACCCUAGUUUUCCAAAAUACGACUCUUUCCUUAUCUGGACGAAGUUCUAGGUGGAUGCCUAAGCUUUCUUAUAAUAUUAAGCUAGAUAAAAAGGAUCGUCUUUAUGACUAUAGACGUUUGAAACUUAGAGCUUUAUAUACGGAUCCAUCCUAUAUACGUGAAAAGAUGGCUUAUGAUGUUAUCAAAUCUGUUGGCUUACUCUCCUCUGAACUCUCUUAUGUUCGUGUUAUGAUAAAUCAUCAUGAAAUAGGUUUGUUUGGUCUGAUUGAUACCUUUAAGGAUCCUUGGUUAGCUAAUGUUUUUGCUAAUGGUAAUGAAGACUAUAAGAAUGGCUAUCUGUAUCAAGGUGUCUUUAUGUCCCCUACUUCAGGUCUUACUAAUCAUACCUCUGACCUUGCUUACUAUGAUAACAUCACAGAGUAUUCGGAUGGACAAUAUAAAAUUAAGGUUGAGCCCUCUGAUGGAGAAGGAGGAGAAGUGAAAGAUGCUUAUGAACCUUUGAUGGCAUUUACAAAGUUUAUUAAAGAUGCGCCUACAAAUACAUCCGAUGCUGUUACUGAAUGGAGAAAGCAUCUUAAUACUGAAUCGUUUCUCCGUUCUAUGGCUCUUGAAGUCAUCUUGGGCUAUUCUGAUGGUUAUCUAUCUAUGGCUGAUAACUAUUAUCUCUAUCAAAACCCUGACAGGAAUAACUUUUUUUAUAUCUCUUCUGAUAUGGACUUAACCUUGGGCUCUACCAUGUUUAAAUUAGAUUGGAUGUGGAGUGGUAACUAUUCUACUUUCCCUGGCAUGGGUACAAGACCCUUAAUGAACAAAAUACUGCAAGUUCCUGAGUUCAAGCAACGUUAUGAAGAAUUAUUAGUAGAUAUUGCAAAGAAUUUAGUUAAUCCUGUUGUCAUGAAUAGCCGUAUUAACGACAUUGUCAACAUGCUUGAAGAAGAUGUUGAAUGGGAUCGAAGAUUGCCACGUGUUGGUAAAGAUGUCUUUUCUGAGAUGGUUAAUAAUAACAUAAGCUCUGAAGUCACUGCUGUUAUAGGUAACGAGAUACCCUCUAAUUUUGAUUUAGAUACAAUGCUUGAUUUCCUUUUCAAUUCGAACGAGACUAUUUCUUUUAAGGACGCUGUGAAUGGCCCUACUGGUCGUAAAUCGUUAUCAGGUGUUAAAGAAUGGAUUCAUAAUAUCAGCAAGAAUAUUUUAAGUUUUUACAAUCUUAAUACAGGCAAUACCUCUGUAUUCUAGUAAAACUAAAAUUUUAUCUGCACAUGAAAUGUAGUUUAUUAUAACUUAAAACAAUCUCCUGAUUGUGUAUCUGUAACUUUCAAAAGAAAAAAAAAAUAUUCUUUAAAUAAAUAUAAUAUGUGUAAUUAUCUA